GUCAAAAACGUAAUUAUGUGUGUUCAAUAUGGUAGAAAUAUCAUUAAAUCACUCCGCAAAAGUGAAAGACCCGUAACCCUUGACCUCCCUCUCCCUCUUUCCCGUGUGGCGGCCAUUGCUGCACAUUUUAGGAACGUGGCCGUCGAAGAAUUGGUCAAAAUGUCUUACCCGUGUGCGCGCCCGUUGAUAACGGUGCACAAUGAGAAGGGCGAGUCCACGUCCGUUACCGUGACGAUGCCCGCGGUGAUGAAGGCGCCGAUCCGGCCCGACAUCGUCCAGUCGGUGCAUGCCAACGUUCGCAAGAACAGCAGGCAGCCGUACUGCGUCAGCAAGCUCGCAGGUCACCAGACAAGCGCUGAGUCCUGGGGAACUGGCCGUGCCGUGGCACGUAUCCCCCGUGUUCGCGGUGGCGGAACCCACCGCUCCGGCCAGGGUGCGUUCGGCAACAUGUGCCGCGGCGGGCGCAUGUUCGCUCCCACCAAGACGUGGCGGCGCUGGCACCGCCGUGUGAACAUCAACCAGCGCCGUUACGCCAUCUGCUGUGCUCUGUCCGCCUCCGCUCUCCCUGCACUAGUCAUGGCAAAGGGCCACCGUAUCGAGGAGAUCCCCGAGGUUCCCCUGGUGGUAGGAGACAAGGUCCAGGAGAUGAAGAAGACCAAGGAGGCCGUCCAGCUGCUCCGCAAGCUCAAGGCCUGGAACGACAUUCAGAAGGUUUAUAACAGCAAACGUAUCCGUGCCGGCAAGGGAAAAAUGAGGAAUCGUCGUUUUGUGAAAAAGCGGGGUCCCUGCAUUAUUUACGACAAGGACAACGGUAUCGUCAGAGCCUUCAGGAACAUACCAGGCAUAACAUUGCUGCCAGUGGACAAGUUGAACCUCCUGAAGAUCGCUCCCGGUGGUCAUCUCGGCCGUUUCCUCAUCUGGACAGAGAGCGCCAUCCAGAAACUGGACGCUCUGUACGGCACCUGGAGAAAACCUUCCACUCUCAAGAAGGACUUCAACCUGCCCAUGCCAAAGAUGUUGAACACGGACUUGAUGCGUCUGCUGAAGAGUGAGGAGAUCCAACGUGCCAUCAGGGCACCAAAGCGUGACCACAAGCAGCGUGCGGUGCAGAAGAAGAACCCCCUGCGGAACCUGCGGGCCAUGCUGAAGCUCAACCCGUACGCCAAGACCAUGAAGCGACAGGCGCUCCUUACCGAGGAGAAACGACGCGCCGCCAAGGAGGAACUUCUGAACAAGAAGCGCGGCAUUGUCACGGAGAAGCCUGCAGCCAAGGCUAAGGGCAAGGCUAAGGGCAAAGCUGCAGCAAAGACUGCAGGCAAGGGCAAAGGCAAGGGCAAGAAGUAGGAGCUCCCCCUUGCAGCUCAGCACUGAAGUGCACCCAAGAGGACAGUUGUCUUCACAAUAAAUCUCAAAAAUAUAUCUA